GUUAUUCUAUAGCUCAAACUUUGUUUAUAUUACACAGUGGUUAUGUUUGUAUUGAAUUAACACUCGAAACUUUUGUCUUGAGCUGCUAAUUGAAUAUUCAUCACAGCAAAAACUCUGUGCGGCCUCCAGUCAAAGUAUAACCAUGAAAAAAUUUACAUCGCUGUUUCCAAAAUAUUUAUUUCUUUAUAUGCGUCAUGGAGUACAAAGACUUGGUUUCGGUUGUCAACGAAACAUAUUUUAGUGUUCAUUUUUGAGUGGUUCAGUUGAACAGAGACAAUGGCGAAGACGUACGCGACGCUGUUCCUUGUGUUGGUAUUUACGUUAGAGGUUGUGUUUUGUGAUGAUAGCAAAAAUAAUACGACAGCGGUGCCUGAGACCACUACAGCUUCAGUGCCUUCGAAUACCAGCACUCCUGGAAUGACUACAACAACAACUGCUGCACCUACGAGUACAACACCACAAACGGCCAUAGAAGAUUUUGCUGAGAUGUUAAAGAAUCUGCCGAAUACUGUGAUGAAUGCUUGGGCUAACGUGAGUAUGAAACUAUUGUAUCUACAACUCAGUUCAAAACUAAAAAUAAUCUUAAAUAAAAUAACAUAAAUACUCAGCUUUACAGAAGUCACAACAGUGGAUGAAUUAACAUCAACCAACAUCUACUUUUCUGACUUCAGUAGAAUAUUUUGAGAGCUAGAACAAAAUAAGAUACGCUGAAUUCAGUGCUGGUGAAAGAUGGGUAAACACACUUGUAGUAGCGACGUGCAUCGAGCGCAGGUAUUUGAUCUAUCGUGCGGCAAAUGGCAGCGACCGGCGACCGAGGCAAUACGCUCCGCUGGAGAACUACAUAUUUUACCGAAAUACCUGAUAGAAACGAACUAUAUAACAUGUUUUUUUAAAUCACCUUUUCCAAGCUCUGUUCUUCUGUGUACGAUAGACAAAAACAAAAACAAAGGAUCAAUGCUUAGCAGUGAUUUAGAUCUAUAUAAGACUGAUAAUGAUGAUGAUUCCUGUGUUAGGCAAAUAUAACAUCAUGUUACCAUUUUACAGACCAUAGAAAUAAAAUUACAUGCAUGUCUUACUGAUGUGAA